AGGCCCUGCUGGUCCACGACCGCCGCUCGCCCGCGGCGCAGGGGCCCGUGGACCACGUGGCCGCGGCCACGGAACCGCUGCUGGACUACUUCGAGUACGGCCGGCUGGCGCUCGGCGACGACGACGUGCGGGAGCUCCGGGGGCAGCCCCCCGCAGGCGAGGACCCGCCGCUCUGGGAGCCCACGGCGCGGCUGCUCAGCGGGCCGGCGCAGACGUCGUCGCUGCAGGGUGGCUGCGCUCCUGGCAUGGAAGGCAUGGCCUCGCAGGUCGACCGGGAGGCGCUGCACUGCAUCUGGGAGGGGGUGGACCCCUCCACGGGCGCGGCCGCCACCCGCACCUACGUGCUGCGGAGCCUCUGGGGGGCGCCAGGCGUCCAGCAGAGCGGGCUGGACGCGCUGCUGCGCGCGUACGCGGCAGCAGCCGCGUGCUGCCGCCACCUGCUGGGGCCCGAGGGGCCGCAGCUCCAGGCUCUCGCCCGCCUGGGCGCGGAGCAGCGCUCGGCGCAGCUGAGGUCGGAGGCUGCCGCCUUCCUGGCGCGCGCGCUGCCGGAGCUGGCGGGUGCGCUGCCGGCGCCGGAGGUGUCGUGCGCCGAGGUGGACGCCGCGGGGAUGGCGGCGGCCGCCCCGCCUGGGAGCUCGGCCGCGAUGCUGUUCGUGCGCGUGCUGUUCGGCGGGCUGGCCUGUCCCGAGACGGGAACGCCGCUCGGCGCCGUGGCGUACGGGGACAGCGCUUUCCUGGCACGGGCGGCCUCCGCGGGGGCAGCGGCCGCCACCGCGCCGCUGACCGGGGAGCUCCCCACGCUGGCCUUCUGGCUCGCCGCCGCCGAGGGCGCCCGCUCCGACGAGGUGCGGGGCGCCCUGGAGGGGCUGCUCGCGGCGGACCCGGGCACCUUCGUGGCGCUGGGCCACCGCCCCGACCUGCGCGUGCCGCUGGAGCCGCCCAGGCCGCCGCCCGACCCCCUCGGCCUGGGGUCGGCCCUGGACGAGGCGAUCCGGUGCUCGCUGGCCGCCGGCGGGGGCUGCCGCGGCUCGCCGCUGGUGGCCCAGGCGCAGGGCACCGCCUGGACCUUCGACUCGGGCAAGGUCGUGUUUUCCUCCGCGCGCACGGGGUACACGGUGCUGCAGGUGCCCCUCGGCGACCCCAGCAUGGCCGCGGCGGAGGCCCCAGGCGGCCUCGUGUGGGUGCCCGCCUCCCCCUGCGGCGCGCCCUGUGCGGGCGGGCUGCACGUGGCGCUGAGUGCGAACCCGCUGACGGUCUCCACGUGGCGCCAGGCGAGCGCGGCCGCCGCGGCGGGCGCAGGCCCCCCGCGCGACGGCCUCGCCGCCGGCGACGACCUGCGGUGGCUCCGCACCGGGGGCUCCUCUUCUGGCGGCGCCCCGCCGUGCGGCGAGCUGCUCGGCGAGGUGGCGCUCGCCGGCGCAGCGGCGCCCGCCCCGGCGGCCGCGCCGCGGGGCGGGGCGGCCAGGAGGUGCGUGUGGGUGUCAGGCCUGCCUGCCUGCGGCGCCGCCGACCUGGCGGAGUCGCUCGCCGUGGCACUGGGCGCGCACCUGGUCUGCCUCGGCCCCGGCGCCUGCCGCGGGGGGCCCUACCCCGCGGCCUCGGCCGUGGCCGCGGAGGCGGCGCGGCGGGCGCUGGACGCCGCCGACGCGGGGCACGAGGCCGUGGUCGUCUGCGACGCGUGCUCGGCCCCGGCGGAGGUGCUGGUGGCGCUCGAGGGGCACGCCGAGUUUGCGGCCUCCUUCUCGCUGCUGCACGUGGUCUCCGCGGUGGAGCCGGCGAUCGCAGACCUCGGAGCAUACCCCUGGAGCAGCGCGCGGCACCCCCUGCUGCUGAGCAGGACGUCCCGCGGCUGGGUGGACGCCGUCGCGGUGCAGGCCCUCCAGCCCGCUGGCGGCCGGGCGGCGGCCGCGGCCUCUGGCAGGCUGCUGCGGGAGCUGCGCGCGGGCCGCGCCGGGGCCCACGUGCUGCACCGGCCCUCCGCCCUCGCGCUCGCCGAGGCCGAGGGGGGCGCCGGCUGGCCGGCUGCACCGGACUGGACCGACUGGGGCCGCCGUUGCGUCAGCUCGCCCUGCAGCAGGGCGAGCUGA